CUGAUUCAAGACAACGUAGUUCUGUCCAGAACUCUACACUGGGGAUAAGGACAUGGGACUCCUCCUGCCGGCUUCCAGAUGGUUCAUUACAACUGACAUCUUGGUUGACAACUGUGAAAAGGAACUUUGGAUUAUUUUAUUUUAUUUUUGUGGGAGACCACAAUCCCCAAACUGUAGGACAUAUCAGGUUCCAUAUUUCUUGUAGAAUUUUAAAAUAACCUUUUCUGAUGAGGAUGUCUGAUAUUCUUACUGUAAAAGAUGAAGCUGAUACAAUGAAGGGUUCAGAAGCUGAAUUUAAAGAUACAGACCCGGUUGAAAACUUUAUAAAAUCAGGAAGUCAGGAGCAAAUUCAAGCAGAAAAGGAUGAAAACUGUCCUGAUAGCAAAAACAGUAUGCCGCGGCCAGUGCAGUCUUUUGGACAGACAGCAAAAAGGUCGAAGUCAAACACAAAGUUAAAGUUAGUUCGGAGCCUUGCUGUAUGUGAAGAAUAUCCGCCACCUCCCACAGCUGAAAUAUCACAGGACCUCCAGGAGAAAAUUCAGAUCCAGUUGUCACAGUCCUUUGAAAAAGAAGAAAAGCCUGCAAAAGAUGAAACAGAAAAGGAAAAAUCCAGUGAUAAACUGUCCAGAAAAAUGUUAUCAAGAGAUUCCAGUCAAGAAUACACAGAUUCCACUGGUAUAGAUCUUCACGAAUUUUUAGUAAAUACAUUAAAAAACAAUCCCAGGGACAGAAUGAUGCUGCUGAAAUUAGAACAGGAAAUUUUAGAUUUCAUUGGUAAUAAUGAACUUCCAAGAAAAAAAUUUCCCCCUAUGACAUCUUACCAUAGAAUGCUGUUGCACAGGGUAGCUGCUUACUUUGGAUUAGAGCACAACGUGGACCAGAGUGGGAAGGCAGUCAUAGUAAAUAAAACUAGCAAUACAAGAAUACCUGACCAAAAGUUUUCUGAGCAUAUAAAGGAUGAGAAGAGUGAUGAUUUCCAGAAGCGGUACAUCCUUAAAAGAGAUAACUCUAGUUUAGACAAAGAUGACAACCAGAUGAGAAUACGAUUAAAAGAUGACAGAAGAAGUAAAUCCAUAGAAGAACGUGAAGAAGAAUAUCAGAGAGCUAGAGAAAGAAUAUUUGCACAAGAUUCCCUGUGUUCCCAAGAGAAUUAUUUCACUGAUAAAAGAAUCCAGGAGGAAGAAACUAAUAGUACACAACAAAGACGACAGAUACUUAGAAUCAAUAAGGAAACAUCAGGGAGAUCAGCCAACAGCCACCAGAGCAGUACUGAGAAUGAGCUGAAGUAUUGUGAACCCCGUCCCUGGAGCAGCACCGACUCUGAUAGCUCCAUCCGCAAUCUGAAGCCAGCUGUAACGAAAGCCAGCAGCUUCAGUGGGAUAUCGGUUCUGACAAGAGGAGAUAGCUCUGGAAGCAGCAAAAGCACAGGCAGGCUGUCUAAGACAGGUUCAGAGUCUUCUAGUAGUGUAGGGUCAUCCACGGGUUCUCUUUCUCACACCCAGCAGCCUCUUCCGGUGCCAGCUCUAAGCCAGCCUUCUCAUGGCACACCUGCCGUCUAUCCAACUGUCAGCACUAGUAACUCUCUUACCUUUGAUGGUGGCAUAAGCGGGCAAGUGGCACCUACUAGCACUAGCUUCUUUUUGCUUCCUUUGGAAGCGGCAGGCAUACCGCCUGGCAGUGUUCUGAUCAACCCUCAAACAGGUCAGCCAUUCCUUAAUCCAGACGGCACUCCAGUUGUGUACAAUCCUCCUAUGCCUCAGCAACCUGUUAGGACCCAAGUGCCUGGACCUCCGCAACAGCCACCUCUUCCUGCACCACCUCAGCAACAGCCAGCAGCUAAUCACAUCCUCUCACAGCAAGACAACCUAGGAUCACAGUUUAGCCAUAUGAGUCUUGCCCGCCAGCCACCUGCUGAUCCAGCUGAACCUCAUACUGCUAUGUUCCAGUCCACGGUAGUCCUCCAGCCCCCACAGCAGCCCGGUUAUAUCAUCGCAGCUGCUCCACCAUCUGGCCAACCGGUUUCUGCUCCAGGCUACUCGACAUCUAGCCACCCUGUCAACCAGCAAGUACUCCAGCAGCAGGGAUAUAUGCAGCAACCUGUGCCACAGAUGCCAGCUUGUUAUUGCACCCCCAGUCAGUAUCCGCACUCCAGUCAACAAUAUCGGCCUGUUUCUGUCCAUUACAACACACAGCAAAACCAACCAUUGGCACAGCCUGGACAGCAGACAGGUUACCAGGUUUUGCCUAACCAGCAGCAAAACUACCAGGGUUUAGUUGGAGUUCAGCAGUCUCAGAAUCAAAAUCUAGUCAGUGGCCAACACAACAACGUUGGGAAUCAAAUUCAAGGUGUGAUUGUUCCAUAUCCUUCAGUGCCAUCUUAUCAGGUUUCGGUGCCUCAAGGUUCCCAAGCAGUGCCCCAGCAGACAUAUCAGCAGCCUGUUAUAAUUCCCAGUCAGUCAAAUCAAGGAUUGCGCAACGGAAUGCCCGUUUACUACAGUGUCAUUCCAUCAGGUCAACAGAAUAAUUUAAGUUCAUCUGUAGGAUAUUUGCCGCCUCCUGGAUCAGAGCAGCUACAGUUUCCUAGAACAUCAUCACCAUGCAACUCUCAGCAGCUUCAAGGACAGCAGUGUGCAGCGGUAGCACCACCACCAGGUGGAGGAGUAGUAAUGAUGCAGCUAAACAUACCCAACAAUCCUCAGCCUCGGAACCAUUCCCCUCCACAAUGGAAACAGAAUAAAUAUUACUGUGAUCAUCAAAGGGGGCAGAAGUCCAUAGAACUUAGCACUUUAGACGGUGCUGCGCAGCAUAGUCCUCAACUAGGUAGUCCUGUCACCUCGCCGGCCCAGUCACCAGCACCAGCUCAGCUAUCAAACAUGAAGAACAUCCGUCCCACGUUAACACCUCUUUCUGUUGUGUCCCAGUUUUCUAGACCUUUUGUCCCCGGACAAGGAGAUGCCAGAUACCCAUUGCUUGGCCAACCCCUGCAAUACAAUCCACCAACUUUAUUACGUGGACAAGUAACAAGCCAACAGUGUCAGCCUGGAAACAGACAUGGAAACAGGGGAAAGAAACCAGCAAAGAAGGCUGCUUCAGCUGAUCUCGGUGCAGGAGAACCAGUUGUGGGAAAAGUUCUAGAAAUUACUGAACUGCCAGAAGGCAUAACUCGUAUGGAAGCAGAAAAACUAUUUGGAGAACUUUUAAAAGUUGGUGCCAAGAUUCGGUGGCUAAGGGAUUCGCAGUGUCUACCAACACAGCAGCAGCACCACCGUCGUUACUGUGGCAGCGGAGACAGUGUGAACACUGAGCCACCCAAACCUAGUGACUUGGCCUCCACUUAUACGGUUCUAGCCACGUUCCCGACCAUGUCAGCUGCUCAGAACGCGUUGAAGAAGCAAAGCAGUACCUCAGUGAACAAGUUCAGGCUGAGAACAAGCAAGAAGCACUACGACUUUCAUGUUCUGGAAAGGGCAAGUUCUCAGUAGCAGUUACAUCAGCGGACGCGCAGCCUUUACUACUUCCACGUCCUCCUUUCCUUGAUUGGCUUGAUGUUUUGGGGUUUCUGUUCCUUUCAUAGAGACUCCUGGGAUGUUUUGUCAUAUGACAUUAGCCAUUGAAGAAUAAAUAACCCAGUGACCCACCAAGAUGAAGAAAAAAAAAAUACAGAGUUAAUCCCAGACAAUAGCAAGGAAUCAUCUUUGAGACAGGCAGCUUUCCACAAGGAAUGCUGUGGAAAUGCCCCCUACUUUUGUAGUAGUUUUGUUUUAUAUUUUUGAAUUCUUGUAUCAGAUCCAAAGUUCUAUUGUACAGCAAACGUUCAUAAAAAUCCAUAUUCAGAUUUGUAUUUUAUAGUCCCUUUUCACAGCCAGCACACAGCUGUCCAUUCCAAGGCAGGAACCUGAGGAUUGGUGGAGGGGAAAAGAGAACCAUUUUCAAGGAAUUACAUUCAUUUUCUAGCAAACUAUGCCAAAUUAACCUGUUCUUUGUCCCUUGUGUUUUUCUUUUCUUUUCUUUUUUUAAGGGGAAAAAAAUAUAAUUGUACUAACUAACCCUUUAGAUGGUCACUUUCUUUUGAGAUUCAUGCAAGCAAUGUCAAAAGAAUUACAGGUAGGUUGUACCCUUGAAGGAUUUGCUUCUGAUCCAACAAGUUUAAUAAUUAUUUAAAGGGGAAUAUGAAUAGGUUACAAAGAAUGUUCACUGAAUCACAUUUUAGCAUUUCUUCUUUUUAGCGGAAGUGUGAAGAAACUAAAAUGUAUCUUCACAAGUGACAAAAUGUUUGCACUUUAAUUGUGUUCCCACCAGUAUGGAUCUCUUCAUCUUCCUUUUCCACGCUAAGAUAAUUACGUUUGAUAAGUGCUGGAAACCUUUUUAAUGGUUUAAGUUUUCAUCAUUUGCAGAUGCUCACUGGACAUUAAAGAUUCAUUGCACAUAAAUGAAACAAACUUUUUUCAAUUUGUGUAAUUUGCAAGGCUGUACAAUGUGUGCUGAUGCAAGCCUUUUUCAGUUCAAGAAAAUAAAUGUUUACAAACACAAA